AUGCCUUCUAAAAAGUAUCGUACAUAUUAUUUAAAAAAAGAAAAGGUAGAUGCUAUUCAAGAGAUCAAAGAGAACAUUAUAGCGUUAGAACAUGAUGUAACUAAAAUACAUCAAAAUCUUAAAAGAAUUGGCCGAGAAAUCUGUUAUCUAUAUAAUGCUAUGAUCAAAUCAUCUGAAUCUAGUUCAUCCGAGUCUGAA